UCUGUUUUAAUAGCGCAGGUUACCAUGAUUAAAUUUGUACAAUAUGAAUUUAGGUCAAUUAAAAGUUAUGCUCUCCUUAAGAAUAGUGAAUAUCUUCUGGUAAAAAGUUGAGCAUUGAUUUUAUGUGUAAUUCAAUAUGUCAAAAUUAACAAGUUAGAUCAAUAUGUAUCAUAUCCUCUCUGUUAUUGUAGUCAAAUUGAAGAUGUUUGAGCUCAGAGGAAGAACCUUUGGUUAAAGAUUAUACCAAUACAGUAAGAAGACGGGAGAUAGUUGUCACGUCCUAAACAGCCAGUACUUGCCAGCUAUUUCUGCAGCUUCAAUGUUGCUGUUGGCCUCUUGGCAGCCUACCUGACGAUUUUUCUUCUCGUCUUUUCAUAAAUUUUGAAGAUCUUGAUUCUCUCCACUUGCUGAUGACUAUCUUUACUGUGUUCCGUGAAAUAUUGAACGCAGAGGUGUUAAACAUGUGGCCCGCAGUGCCAGAACCGGCCCAUCAGAGAGUCCAAUCCGGCCUGUGGAGAUGGAGAACACAUUCACUGCUAUUUUUCAAUAAAAGUAACUUUUGUUGCUAAUUUUGUUGGGGGGUUCACUGACAACAUGUAAAUGACAUUGAUGCACUUGUGAAGGCUAAACCAAGUUGCCAAGUUUCAGGAGCACACGAAUAUAAAAGUGUUCCAUGUUCACACUGAAAAUAAAUACCUCCUGUAGAAAUGUUUUAAGACAUUGAAUAUUACAAAAUUUCAGUCAAAAGCUUCACUUCAAAAGAGAUUGGGUUGUUGGAACUCCGUUUGUUUUUCUUCCAUGCACUGCCACAACUUAAAUUUUUAUGUAUACAUUUACAAUGGACGCAUAACUGAAUGGCGCACGCUCACUGAUUCAUAAUACAUUUCAAACUGCUCAUAUGAUUUGCAACAAAAUUUGCAACAAGAUUACUAUGAAGUAUUGUAACAUAAUAGGACAAAUAGGCAACAUCUAUCACAGAUCAUCUGCAGUUAUUUAUGCAGCGUUGAGCAAUACAAUCUAAUAGUGUUCCUCGAUAAUAGGAGAGUGUAGUAAUAAUGCUGCUUUUGUUUUGUGCACCAAGCUGACAAUGAGAGGUGAGAUGAGGCUGCAUUGCUCAAUACAUUAAUCAUGCAUGGCUAGUUUUCUUUUUUGGCACAUGAGGGGGGAGAGAGCAGAGCUUGCUUCUCACACAGCCAUGGUUGCCCCUGGACGACGUGCGCUCUGGAGCCUGUGCGUGUGCUUCACGGCCCUGCAUACAAAUUCUCUAAGGGUGACCAUGAGGGAGUCGACGGUGGAGGUAGUCCGAGGAGAUUUUGUCAUCCUGCCCUGCUCCUUCUUCACCUCUAGCCCCCUCUCCAGACUCAACAUUAUCUGGACUCUGGCCCCCCUCUCCAGUCCGGAAUCCCCCAUUCAGGUGAUCGUAUAUGACCAUGGCCAGAUUAUUGAAGACCCAUCUCUUAUUGGCAGGGUAGGCUUUACAGGUAUCCCAUGGAGCGCAGACAUCAUGGUGAAUGAUACUCGUGUGUCCGACGCUGGCAUUUAUCGCUGUAUGGUAAACAACCCUCCAGAGACGGCAGAUCCUGGCAUAGGAGAACUGCUGCUCACUGUUCUGGUGGCACCAUCUCUGCCCGCAUGCCAGUGGGAUGGCGACAUGGACGCGGGAGGCAGCGUCACGUUGUCCUGCUCAGUGGUCGAGGGUGUUCCCACUCCGGAGAUCCGCUGGGAUAAACUCAACCCAGAGGAAAUUUCACUGCCCAUCAACAUGGAGGGCGAGCUGUCGGGUUCGGUCCAAAUCGUUAACGUGUCGUCGCAGACGUCCGGCCUAUAUCGUUGCUCCGCCUCCAACCUCCUGGGAACGGAGAACUGCUACAUCAACCUCUCCAUUUACAGCGCAGUGGCAGGGAGUUCCUCAGGGAUCCUGCAGGGAGUGCUGCUUACUCUAUCCAUGAGCCUGAUGCUGUUAACCCUGCUGGUGCUCAUGACAUGGCUUCAUCGGACAGGCCAGGACGGACGACGGCGGGUCUCUAAGGAGGAGGAGGAGGAGGAGGAGGAAGGCUACAAUGAGAUCCGCUAUACUCCGUCUCUGAUGAAGCGCUCCUUUGUGUAAGAGUUAUUGUUAACAGGUUUUAAAUAAAUGCUCCAAACUA